CAGGAUUCCAAGCUACCGCCUCAUGUUCAUUCAUAGUCAAUGAUAGCGGCAAAGUCACAGUACUCCCAUGCGGAUCUCCUUCGCUCGGCGAAUUUUGCUGCGAUAAUGGCAAUGGAUUCCAGUGCUGUGCUGCUCAGAGUUCAAUUUUAACGAUUGGCGUCGGGACUUCUUUCAGCGAACCGUCAGUAAACUUUACUUCGAUGUCUACAAACCCAGAUUCUACGGUAGCGGCGACUACUUCCAUCGAGACAACCUCUUCUCAGGCUUCCACUGAUGUCCAAACAUCAACGACCAUCGCAAGCUCGAAUGCACUUGCAAUGCCGAAUUUAGAUCCUGUCACAACUCCGUUCUCACAGAUACCGGCAGCAAGCAGUAGCGCUGAAGUAUCUUCAUUUUUCGAAGCUUCAUCCGUUCAAAACCAACCAACUAUCGAAAGUCGGCCAGUACCAACACAAAUAAGCGCUACCACGUCGUCAUCAUCCAAUGCGAUCCAGACCCAGCCGUCUGUAGAAAGUCAGAUACCGAGCAGCACAUUCGUUGAGCCAUUUCCAUCAACAACACUAAUUCCUUCGCCAUCGACGCCAAUCUCUGUAAGCCAGGAUUUGUCUUUUACUCAACCCUCUUCGAUAUCGAGUCCACUUUCUGUACCCUCAGCAGUUCCAGUCACGCAGAGUCCGGAUACAUCCAGUCCACUUCCAUCUCAACGAGUGCCUCAAAUCUCUUCUCCCAUCCAGUUAACCUCUGUUAGUUACUCCUCUACACCUGACUUUGUAAGGAAAUGCUAACUGCAAUAAGUCAAUCCGUUCAUCAACUCUCGCGAUCGUUCCCCAAUCAAUCUCGGUCUCAGGUUCGACAGCUCAAACAUCAUCAGCUGCAACGUCUCUGAUAGCUGGGGC